CGAGCGGGGAACAAGGACUCGAUUUCUUCCCAAAACCAAUUUUUCUUCCAAAAAGCCAGGAAGGCGGAUAGGGAAAUCACGCCCGGACUCUCUCCUCCGUUUUCCAUCGGUUCAACUCGCCCCCUACAACUUACACACCCUCGCCGGCCACCGCCCUCGUCCGGACCGGAGAAGCUUGAUUUUUUGGUGUUGGAGGCUGUUUAGAUGGUGCCCGACGGAGGCAUGAAGGACCAGGAGGCCUCCACCUCGUCGUCUCCACCCGUUGCGGCAAUAACGAGGGCUGCGCGGCCGCCUAGGCCAGCGAGGUUCAAGAAGAUCCCCGUGUGGCAGUGGCACCCACUGAAGUACAUGCGGUUCCGCGUGGGGGCCACCAAGAGGAUGGUCGACGCAUCAUCGUCCGCUCGGGCGGCAAGGGGAGCCGGGGAUGUGACCACGGCGGUGGCGGCGGCGCCCAAGGAGAGUGAGCAGGAGGACGGGAAGGAGCACAUAUGCGGUGGCUGGAAGAGACGAACCAAUGUCAAGCACAGGCUUCAACAGUGGUUAGGAGACGCAAUCACUAUUGGCGCUAUAGUAAAUUACAGUGUGGGUGGUGCAACCACUGUGACAUUAUCAGAAGAAAAGUUUACUCAGUGUGAUCUGUACAAUUGUACCUACACUGGACAUGGUGGUUCAUGUGCCGCUGAGUAUCUCAAGGAGCACUUAUUUGAAAAUCUCUUGAAACAUCCAGCUUUCAUUAGUGAUACAAAAACAUCAAUAAGUGAGAGCUAUACGAAGACUGACUCAGAUUUCUUGGAUGCUGAAACCAAUAUUCAUAGAGAGGACGGGUCAACUGCAUUAACCGCAAUUUUGGUUGGCAACCAUCUCUAUGUGGCAAAUGUUGGCGAUUCACGGGCUGUAAUAUUGAAGGCGGGCAAAGCUAUUGCGCUCUCGGAUGAUCACAAACCAGACAAAAGUGACGAGCGGGAACGGAUUGAGAAUGUUGGAGGAGUUGUUACAUUUAGUGGAACAUGGAGGGAACAAGAAAUAGAUGAUGAAUUGGAGUAUCUGAUUUUGGCUAGUGAUGGCCUGUGGGACGUGGUGUCAAAUGAGUGUGAACCAUUGUCAGGACGCAGUCAUGCAAACCAAUUUGGUUUGAGCCUUAUAUUCUAUCAAUUAAUAUACAUGUCAUUUCACGAUUUGCAAUUUGUUGGCUUGUGCAAAGUUACCAUCUAUUAUUCUCUUCAUGUGACAAGAAAUGAUUUUCUUGCCCACAUCUCGUUUGAUCUUGCAUUUAAAUCCGUUGUUCGUUGCCAAAUACAAGAACUUCAAGAAGGGAUAACACCCUCGCCCCACCAUCGCGGCGUCUUGUCGGAGACGUCCAAGAUGAGUAUUUUCAUUGUGGACACGAAUACCAAGCAAUGGAAGCUAGAACAUCACCAUGGAGACCCCGCCUUCAACAAGAUCGCGAUCGUGGGGUGGUGCGCCGACGACUCCUCCGGCUUCCAGUUCCAAAGCCACGCCCCGGCACGAGCGCAGCACGUCUACCACCACCUUCUCCUUGCUAUCUUCCGAGGUGCGCACAUAAACAUAAUUGCACUGCGUCCCUUUGGUCGACGUACGCGUGCCAGCAGCAGCGGUGGUGGCACGACGGAGCAGAUAGUGGUGGCGCAGACCGAGAACAAGAUGGAGCCGCGGAGCGACGGCGACACGUCAUCGUCGUCGGCGUCCGCGCGGGUGCGGCUUCUGGAUCGAGAGGUGGCAACGGCGAAGCAGACCGAGAACAAGAUGCUGGAGUCACUGAUCAGCCAGACCAAGGAGCUGGAGCAGGCCAAGAUGGCGCUGGAGGAGGCCAGGCUCGAGGCCGCCGCGCUGCGGCUGGCGGGGCCCGCCAACGCGGCCAGCGAGUCGCUCGAGUUCGCCAGCGCCGAGAACUCCAAGCUGCGCGACGCCGUCGCCGAGAAAGAGGACGCCAUGGGGUCCCUGAGGCUGGAGAACGAGUCGCUCAAGGCCAGCGAGGCUGCCGCGCAGGGGCGUGCCACGGAUCUGCACAAUCAGCUCACGGCGGCAAGCAAAACGGCCGCCGCUGCUGGUGGCGGUGAGAAGGCAUCGGGGUUGCUGUUGGAGGAGUGGAAAACCGAUGCGCAGGGGAAGCUCAGCGCGGCGGCGUUCCUGGACUCCGGCAGGGUGAUGGCCGCCGGCAGCCGGAGGGAUCGUCGGAUGUUCGCGUCCAUCAGCAACCUCGCCGAGCUAAGGUCCGCGGCGGCAGCGGCGGCCAUGGAUGAUUACUACGAGUUCGACCACUUCGAUGACGGAAGACAGUACGGUGGCCUAGAGCAUGCCAUGAAGCACAAGAAGAGGAGGUCCGUCCUACGCAAGUUCGGAGACUUGUUUAGGAGGAGAAGCCUGCUGCACAAGUCAGACGACUUUGCUCCGGUUCUAGCUAGUAGGUAGUACUCCCUCUCUGUACCAUAAUAUUUGUGGGGAGUACUAAAUAUUUGUGUGAUUCUUGCAUUGUGUGUUUGCUGGAUAAGAAUACUAUGAAAUACACGCAGAAUAAAUUGAGCCCUGCUUGGGUACCCAAUA